CGUAAAGACCGUGAGCCAAACGGCCGUUUUUCAUUUUGCGGCGUUCUUGGCCGCCAUUCCUCCAGCUUUCUGGGCAGCGGUUACUCAAUUUCCGAUGUUCUGGUUCGGAUGCUAGAGCCGGGUCCAGUACUUUGGGAUAGGUUGGUCUGCAUCACUUGUCAUCAUUGCCCACUCCUCUACACUGGUCUGGUGAGUUCUGGAUGGGGUCACAGCCUUGAGUCUCGUGUGAACUCACUCUGUGCGGUUUCUGGCCUGCUUUACUAGUAUAGUACAUAAGUUGGCAAUCUCUGCUAGGCCUCUUAAUUGUGUAGGCUGGAGAAGGCCGCAGUUAGGCCGCGAACAGCUCCACAGCCACAACCGCUGUGCUUACGGACAGGGGUUGGGCAAGAGAAGUCCGGUAGAGGCAGAGAGGUCCUUCUUCCUCAGUUAUGGUGCGGGAGUGAGGCCUGGUGAAGGCUGCCAGUAAAGGCUACAGCCCCGCAUGCCCACUAAAGGAGAGGGUGUGAAAUCCGUGGUCGUGAGGCAAGAUGGCGGCUGUUUGGCGCCUGUUACCAGAGAUGAUUGAGAGUUGAAGGGAAAGGGAGCCACCACCGUUUUUAAUGUUGGAUUAGGAGGGAAAGUCCCUCUGUAGGCCGUGAGUAGAUGAAGUAGAGCUUACUGUAACAAGUGAUACUGUACAGCGGUGUACAUCAGGUACACCGAAUUGAUUUGUUAACUGUGCCCAGUUUACAGCAGUACCUAUCUUACUGGUUCACUCUGUUUACCUGGAGUAUGUGGCUACUAACAUUAAAAGCACAACUUUAUAGAAAGAAAGUUGCUGGUUCAGUUCUGUAAAACAGAAGUGCAACCUCAAAUAGGAAGCUCGAGAUGGGGGAGAGUAAAACUCAGUUUUCCAAUUUAUUGAAAACUAUUUCAAUAGGUCUGUUUAAAGUCUUACUGUUUUGACGAAGUCUUUGGGAAAAAGAUGUAUUUUAAGAAUUUAAAGUAAUGCAUAUAUAUGUGGUUUAAUGUUAGAUUGUUUAUUUCAUUUGAAAAGUCUUAACUUUACUCAAAGCACUUUUUUCUUUUACAUACUUACGUAUUUUGCUGGAAAAUCGGAAUCCUGUGUUUGUUCACUAUGAAAAAAGAUUCAGCAUGUAUCUGUCUUCUGAAAGUUCUGUGCUGAAAUUUCACCGGAAAAGAAAUCUUCCAUCAAGGAAAUGGUUCUGAAAUAGGAAGGCCUUUUCAUAAGGUUACUAAAGGAUGGGAAAGGUUUUGCUAAGUAGACAGAGGAGUAGAGGAAAUAAUUUAACAGACAGAAAUCUCUUCUGAGAACAAAUCUAGUUUGUCUAGAGUUGAUUUAUAGGUAGAAGUACUGUAUACAUUUAGACCAAAAGACCUAUAGUUAUGAAAGAUGUCACAAGAUUUGUUUGAUAUUCACAUAGUCCUGGCUAAAACCAGUUCUGGAUCUAUUGCAGGUGUGAUAAAGUUGAGUGAUAAUGGGAGCUAGAUAGUGAUAAUGCUAUUACUGGAAAUUUUUUUUUUUGCUAAGAAUAUUGCUUUUUAAGUGGUAAUCUCUUCUAGAGGAUAACUGUGUUCUUUAAAGUAGCAUAAGUAAUUAUCAUUGAAUUAGUAAAUUUAUCAUUGUCAAAACUACAGGGAUAAUUUGAAAAGUUUCUUUAAUUGUUCAGAAAUAAGUUAAUAAAAACAAUAAGUUUCACUGUACCUUAAAGUCUUCCUAAUCAUAUAAUCUUUUAUUACUUCUCACUUAAACUUUUAGAGCUCAUGCUUUAAUUUAAGGAUGACCUAGGUGUCACAAAGUUUCAAAAAUAAUGUGAAUGAGUGCUUAUUUCACAGUUUUGUGAUUUUAAAAAAGUUUUUUGUUUUCUUAGGUUGCAAAGUUAAAGUAGUGAUACUUCAUGAGCUAUUCAAGUAAAACAAAAUUCUUAAGUCAUUUAGACCAUGGUUUAGAAGAGGGCAUUGCAAAAGGCAGACUAGAAGCAAGUUAAAAAUGUGUUAUUUGUUGGCACUUGUUAAUUUAUUCUGUUUGUUGACUGUAGAAGUAGUUUCUUGAUAUCUUGGCAGCUGAAGAAAUUUAAACUGAAAAAUUACAUGUUGCACAGUACAGAAGCAAAAGGUGUUCCAGUACAGCCAUUGUGAAUAUGCAAGAUUAAGAUAAAAUUAGAAGCAUACUUUUUAUGUCAGGAGCUGACUUAGUCAGAACUGAAAGCCAUGGAUGAAGAAGAAAUUGAAUUGACUCCACAGGAAGAAAACUCAUUGUUUGAUGGAAUAGGAGCUGAUGCAGUACACAUGGAUGGUGACCAGAUUAUUGUGGAAGUUCAAGAAACUGUUUUUUUAUCUAAUUCAGAUGUAACUGUGCAUAAUUUUGUUCCUGAUGAUCCAGACUCAGUUAUAAUUCAAGAUGUUAUUGAAAAUGUUCUUAUUGAAGAUGUUCACUGCUCAAAUAUUUUAGAGGAAACAGAUAUAUCUGACAAUGUCAUUAUUCCUGAGCAAGUGCUUGAUUUAGAUACAGCUGAAGAAGUGUCUUUAGCACAGUUUCCAAUUCCAGACAUUUUAGCUUCUAGUAUUACAUCAACCUCAUUAACUAUGCCUGAACAUAUCUUGAUGAGUGAAGCUAUACAUGUGUCUGAUGUAGGACACAUUGAACAAGUGAUUCAUGAUAGUCUAGUAGAAACAGAAGUCAUUACUGAUCCUCUGACAGCCGACAUUUCAGAAAUACUGGUAACAGAUUGUGCUUCUGAAGCAGUCUUAGAUUCCAGUGGAAUGCCUCUGGAGCAGCAAGAUGAUACCAAAGUCAACCGUGACGAUUAUCUUAUGAUUUCUUUGGAUGAUGCUGGCAAAACAGAGAAUGAAGGUUCAUCUGAAGUUACCACGAAUGCAGAGUCAGAAAGUGAUCCUUAUAAAUUAAAUGAAACAUCUCCUGAAGUUAUCAAGGUGUACAUUUUUAAAGCUGACCCUGAAGAGGAUGAUGUAGGAGAAACUGUAGACAUUGUGGAGAGUAAGACUGACAAUGGCAAUGAAGCUGAAGUCAUUGAUCAGAGUAGCAGCAUUUAUGUUCCCAGAGACAACGUUUAUAUGCCAGUCAGUGAUUCUCAGAAGGAAGAAGAAGAUACUAAAGUAAUUGUAGGAGAUGAAGAUGCUGGUGACACAGCUGCAGAUACUUCUGAGCAUGAACAACAGAUGGAUGACAGUGAAAUAAAAGCAGCUUUCCUGCCUAUUGCAUGGGCAGCAGCUUAUGAUAAUAAUUCUGAUGAAAUUGAAGAGCAGAAUGUCACUGCAAGUGCUGUCUUGCACCAAAAUGAGUCUGGUGGCCUUGACAGAGUACAUAAACAAAAAGCAAAAAAGAAAAAAAGACCUGAAUCCAAACAGUACCAAACAGCAAUAAUUGUUGCUCCUGAUGGACAGACUUUAAUAGUCUAUCCUUGCAUGUUUUGUGGAAAAAAAUUUAAGACCAAAAGUUUUUUGAAAAGACACAUAAAAAACCAUCCUGAAUAUCUUGCUAAGAAGAAAUACCACUGUACUGACUGUGAUUACAGUACCAACAAGAAGAUAAGCUUGCAUAAUCACAUGGAGAGCCACAAGCUAACCAUUAAGACAGAAAAGACAACAGAAUGUGAUGACUGUGGGAAGCAUCUUUCUCAUGCUGGGACUUUGUGUACUCACAAAAAAGAAAAAGAAAAGGUCAGCAAAACAUAUAAGUGUAAGUUCUGUGACUAUGAAACAGCUGAACAGACAUCAUUGAAUCACCAUCUUUUGGCAGUCCACAGCAAGAAAUAUCCUCACGUUUGUGUAGAAUGUGGCAAAGGUUUCCGUCACCCAUCAGAGCUCAAAAAGCACAUACGCGUUCACACUGGAGAGAAGCCUUAUCAAUGUCAGUAUUGUGAGUACAAAUCUGCAGACUCUUCUAACUUGAAAACACAUAUAAAAACUAAGCAUAGUAAAGACAUACCACUGAAGUGUGGCAUCUGUCUCAUGACUUUCUCAGACACCAAAGAGGCUCAGCAACAUGCUCUUAUACACCAAGAAAACAGAACACAUCAGUGUUCAUAUUGCAACCAUAAGAGUUCAAACUCAAGUGAUUUGAAGCGACACAUAAUUUCAGUUCAUACAAAGGACUAUCCUCAUAAGUGUGAUAUGUGCAGCAAAGGGUUUCAUAGGCCUUCAGAACUCAAGAAGCAUGUGGCUACCCAUAAAAGUAAAAAAAUGCACCAAUGUAGACACUGUGACUUUAAGAGUCCAGAUCCAUUUCUGCUAAGUCGCCAUAUUCUCUCAGUUCACACAAAGAAUGUUCCAUUUAAGUGUAAGAGAUGUAAAAAGGGAUUUCGACAACAAUGUGAGCUUCAAAAGCAUAUGAAGACCCACAGUGGCCGGAAAGUGUAUCAGUGUGAGUACUGUGAAUAUAGCACCACAGAUGCCUCAGGCUUUAAGCGCCACGUUAUCUCCAUUCAUACGAAAGACUAUCCUCACCGCUGUGAGUACUGCAAGAAAGGAUUCCGAAGACCCUCUGAAAAGAAUCAGCACAUAAUGCGGCAUCAUAAAGAAGUUGGCCUGCCCUAAGUGUACAUCCUAACUUAGAGGAAUUAAUUUUUAAAAUCAGUCACUCUUCUUCACAUCAAAUAUGAAUUUGUUCAGUGAAUAUAAAAUGGUAUUACUCCUAUUUGACUUUGUUUUAUUAAAUAGGGUAUUCUUCUAUAUAUCCUGUACAGACUUAUGAAGUGACAGAAACAAAUUUUCUUUACCAACUUAAUCCAAUUCUGUAUUGAAUUUUUAGUCUUAGAAGCCUAACUAUCAUACCUUACUUAUCUUGGUGGUACUUUUCUAAGAAAAAAUAAUAUAACAUGAAAAGUAACUUUGACACAAAAUAUGCAUGUUAAAGAUAUUGCUAACAUAAAAAGGAGAGGUUUUCCUGAUAUGCCAUACUAUGAGAAUAAGGAAAUAAUUUCCUUGACUUAAUAUCUUCAGAUUUUCAACAGUACAACUCUUAUUUGAGUGUCUACCAUGACUGAUAAGAUGUCGACUAGGUUUGGGGUUAGUUUUCAUUUUUGUUUACUCAUCAUUUUCAUUUGGCUUGUUGUAUUUAAUUUUUCCUCCUAUAUAGCAGAAUUUAUAAAAAAUCUUAAAGAAAAUUUUUGCUUUUCCUUGUUUUGCAAUGUUUUGUAGUUUGUCUUACAGUUUUGGUCUAUAAAUAAGGACUACUGUAGAUUAAGUUUUGCAGAUUUGUAGAACUCUGUUGUGGCUUGUAGAGUACUUUAUAAGUUUGACAUUAAAUUGCAAUUUAAGUGCUAGGUAUAUAUGUUUCUUCCUUAAAACAACAAACCUUUAAUGAAAUUAUUUAAUUUACAAUAACCUGAAAAACCCAGAGAUAUAUGGUAUCAUUUGUAUACUUGGUAUUCAGAAAAACUAAAACUCAGGUGGAGAAUUAGAGGGAAAAUAAGGAGCUUAGUAAAAACAAUGGUAUAUUCUCCUUAACCUUGGUAAUUGAAAAGCAGAAGUUAUACCAUUUUUAUAGAUAGAAUAUUUUAAUACAGUUUAGCAUUGUACUUGAAUUUUUCUGGAAGGAAUUGAUAUACAGCUCUUUAUUUUUCUUUAAAUCUUGUCUUUAAUGAAGAAGAAAGCAUGGAGGCAGUUAUGACAUCAUUUUACAAACUUCAUAACUUCUGUUAGAAUAUAGAAUUGGCAAUUUUAGGCAGUCUUUUAUUUUUCUUAGCUUGUUUUUCAUUUGGUAACAUAUAUAUUGGUGUUCACUAGAAAAUAGUAAUUGGUUGUUUUAAUUUUUGAGGUGUAACAUUUUUAAGGCAUUCAUAGAAGACAUAAAAUGAAUCCAGCUCAUUGGAUUUAACCAUUAGAAAUUUUGAAGAAAAUGUUUAUUCUGUUCCUUUAAUAAUCCACUGGUAUGUGGGAAGAAAUAAAGCAGCACCCUUUUCUCUAUGGUACUUCAUAUUCUGCUUCUGCUGCUACUUUUUUUUUUGUCCCAGUGAUACUUAUACUCAGAUGUUAUAUUCAUAGGAUUAGAACUCUUAACUAAUUGAUGCUUGAUGUUCUCUGAAAUAUGCUAGGUUUAAGUUCAGUACUAAAAUAUUUAGAUACAUAGGAACACAGUUAUUGCUAAGCAAAGGUCAGACUGGAUUUUGAAACCUCCUCUAUCUUCUAACACCUGUGUUUAUCCUCUUCAGAAUUUAGUUGCUAUUCUCUGUACUGUUCUGUAAAACUCUGUUCUUUAUAUCUAAGAAACUGUUCAUUUUGCUUUUUCCUGAAGUAAUAUAAAAGUGUAUGCUUAGGUG